AACAGAAUAGCCAAGAGAGCCAGGAGAGCUGUGGGAGAGCUAGUGUAAAAAGGUCGGGAAAUAGGGACCUGGACCCUGUAGGAACAACAACGGGACGUGGAGAGAAGAGUUGGGGAACAGUUCAACGUCUCAUCAGGUGCCGCCGUCAAAAUCCCCAUCACACUAAAUCACCGCCUUGGUCCUCCGCUGUUCAGGCUCAAUUGGCGGUGGUUGCUGCGCUCGCGACGUGACCGAGUCGGCUGAGUGGUAGCGCGGUAGCGAGAUGGGCAGCCUCGCAGUUGGGCGGGAGUCUCAAGGCGCUAGUUCCGCGGCCGCCUUCGUGGUGCCGGAGAGCCAGCAAAAUGUGCCACACGUGCCUGCGAAUGGCAUUGGUGCCCUUGACGCCCUGCUGGACCUCGAUGACAUGUCGGCCGACCGCAGCUUCUCCAUGCCCCUGUCUCCUGGUCCGGGAGGGUGUCCGGCAUGGUGUUCUAGCUGUCCACCAACCCCGUUCGCUGGGGCAGCGACACCGACUCUGCCAGAUCACCAUGCUCGCCAGCGCCUAGAUCAGCUAGACGAUGAACCCCUUGUUGAACCAUGGACGUACGUUCCCCAGACACCUCUGUCGAUAGACAACAGGAGCCCGCGAGAUUUUGCUUUCCACCUUCCCUUCAGGUUUUUCCCAACAAACACAACGCACGACCAAAGCACCAACAUUGGCACUUUCCUCGACGACUGUUCAUAUUUCCAUAGCGGCAACAGCGAGCGCCAUCAUCAGCCCGACUUGGGCUUAGACAAGUUCAGUCCAUUUCACGUCGACGUCAAUCUUCCAAGGAGUCCUGUCUACCGCUCAUUUUACCUUUCUCCCCCAGCUUCGACAAAAAGUCUCGCCUCCGAACCUUGCGCAUUUCACCAUUAUUUCGAUAAUUCCAGCAGCAGCUUCUCGAGCAUCCAACACGGUCCCAUAAUGCCUGACCCUACAGAUGUGGCUUCGGCUGAUGGGGCCGCGCCCUCUGGCCGGUCUAACUAUGCUGCCAAAACCAUCGCUCAACAGCGGUCACGCCGGCCGCAUUCGGCUCACAGCGAGCAGAUGGCCCGACUUCCCAGUCCCUUCUUCUCUCUGUGGACAAAACUACAUCAUCAUCAGCACAUGGACCAUAACGGCAAGCCGCAGCAGCCGCUCGAGUAUGCAGGACAUGGUUUCGCAGACACCAAGCCGACGACACACAAGCGAUUUACCCAUUCCAGAUCUAGCAGCAUUGGGACACGACAAAGUCAGGCCAAUGCGGUUCCACAGAUGACCCGGGAAGAGUUUGAGGCUCUGCCAUUGGCAAUACAGCGCAAGCAAGUGCUAGAUCCUGCAUAUGUCACACAAGUCAUGUCCAAUUGGAAGUCCCCCUCGCCUUUGCUUCUGUCCGGCGAUGACACCCACCGGUGCGCACCACCGUCAGAGCAUCACAGCCGCUCCUUAAUUGGGGAACAUGGCGGGACGGCGCCCCUGAAAAGCUCUUCGCUGAGCGCUUCUCGCGCCCCAGUAAGCACUCAGACACCUGAGGUUCUGCUUCUUGAGGCUUCUCAUGUCACAUUGGUUGACGAGCGAGUGCCUGUCAACAAGGGCAAAUCUCGGUUGGCUUUGAUUUGGCCAACAAGACUGCUUUCGAUGGACGACGUGAACACGGACGUCUUGCACCUGGACAGGGAUCCUAUUUCAACUCACUUCCGCGCACUUGCAGCUUCAUUUGACUCUCCUGCAUGCGGGUCCAACGCCUGCCAGUCAAAGCUGCUCAGGGACCCCUUGCCCUUAUCCAUGCCACCUCACUGGCUUCGUUGUGUCCCUCCCGCUCAAGCUCCCAAACUGCCCUACUUCUCAACCCUCGAAAGGUUGCGCUUUGCUCGGGAGUCUUACCUCAUCGACGGCAUCACACGACACUACGACGAGAUAUCCAACUACAAACGCCAAAAGGGUCACAAACAGCAAAGUCGCUCGGAGCAAAUCGUCAGUCGUGACGGGCGGGGACCAUUAGGAGGGGAAUCGAGCCUGCCAUCUCCUGUUCUCGAAAUACCACAGGCAUCUGUUGACAACAUGCACCAACAAGAGUUAACCCGCGAAGAGCAGCUUGCUCUUGCAAGGCGUCUCCGUGCUAGCGUCAUUCUGGACGCAGCAGACGAGGCUAUAUACAAGAUGAACAGAAGGAACAAUGGCCACCCAAGCGUGAAUAGGGAGGGCCUCAUGCCGUCGCAUAUGUCUCAGCAAAACACUUUGGAGGCUAGAGAAGGCGUCAAGAACCGUUCUGAGCAACCCAUCAGUGAAGAAUUACCUCAGUCGUUUUAUGAAAGCUUCCGAUGGCUCGACGAAGAAGACGAUCUGGACUUGCGUCUUUUCCUGGACGAUUACCAUGCCAAUUUGAGGGACGGCCUUCCAUCUCCAAAACAACAACGACCAUCUUUCCGCAGGCAAAUGUCUGUAUCCAAACUUCCAUUCGGCAUACCGUCCACGCCUACCCUCAGCAGCAGACCAGGAAGCCACAAUGCCCUAGCAACUGGGUCAUCAGCGCCUACCUCGGCAAGUAGUGUCGCUAACUCGGCGGACGGACACACACACCGGAAGUCGCGCACUCUGUCGCUCAUCACACCUAAGCACAGCCCACAGGAUUCAAUAUUUGACCCAUCUGCAGCUCACUAUCAAGAUCCUGAGGCUCGAUUGAAGUUACGCGUUUAUCUUGCCUCUCCUCAGAAAUUCGAUGAGGCUAUCGAGUUUGGCUUUCCGUCUACGGACGCGCUUGGCGCAGGGUCUAUGGUCCGUACCGAGUUCAUGGAAAUGCCCCUCGGCCCUGCCCGCAAGAAGAUUCAGUCGACGCCAAAAGAAGAAGAUACCUGGGCCAUGGGUACAUUUUUGGCUGAUGACGACGACGAGCAUGUCUCUCUCAACAGCGAUCAGCCAUCACUUGCGGAUCCCGAGUCGCCCAAAACACCCCAAGCAUUCGAGACCAGAUCCCACCCUCAACGUGCUACUUCGAGUGAUCCAACAUUUCUGAGAGACGGAUAUGGCAUGUUUUCGGAGGGAGCUGGGGGAUAUGCUCAGGUGCCCGCAAACUCCCGCGAAAUGACGCUGCGCAUGACUCUGACACGUCCCGAUUUGCGGGCGCACGAGAACGAGAUCUACGGAUGGCAGCAAGGGAAGCCCUUGUACCGGAAUACCCGCAAGUCGAUGUCUUUGGGCGGAUUUGAAAACAAGAGCAUGUUUUACGGGGAGCCAAUACUCAAUGAAAGCUUAGAAAACCAGGCAAGCAUCACCUCGGAGAAGGGGGUCAUGAAGCGAAUCUGGAAGCGGGUUCGACGGACGUAA